ACCAGCUACAUAACCUCAAACUAUUCUUCGACUAAACUUUAACGGAUGACGACGCGGUAUCCUAGAUAAGGCCAGUUGUUCCAAUUUCCUGGUAAGCUAACAGUUAAAUCAUAUAUCUGUCUCUAUUUUUCCUUCAAAAGAAAGAUAGAUAAACAUAUUUUAACUGUAGUUUACCAAGAGGUUGGAACCGACCUAUAGUAAGUAUAGAGUCAUCAAAUCAAUAAGGAAAAAAAAGAAAUCGACUACUUAAACUUGAUUAUUGUACAGAUAAUAUCAGAUAGUACGGUAAAAAAAUCAUAGAAUUAUAUUUAAAAAAUAUUUAUUAUCUGUAUAUAUAUUUAUAUUUGUUAUACAGCAUAAAGAUUCAAAUGUGUCAAUCAGAAAUAAGGAGGAAAUGAGUAAUGAUCAACAAUUAAAUGUAAAGGAAUGUGAUGCUACUACGAGCACCAGUUAUGAAGAAGCAUAUCUAGAAUUUGUAACUGUUAAUAUGAAUCAGGAUAAUUCACACGUAUCACAUAUCAUUCCACUUAAAGGGCAACAUUUGGCUCUGUUGGAUAAUGUGCUCAGCAAAACCCUUCAUGUCAGUGAAAAAGAAAUGAAUGACGUGAAAGAUACGAAAGAAUUGCGCCGUGCAAAAUUAUACAUUGAAAAAUUGAGGAAGAAGUUGGACCUUUCUCAAAAAAAAUAUAAAAGACUGCAAGAGAAAGCUACUUCUCUCGCUUUUCUUGUGAAGCAGUUGCAGGAUAAAAAAUUACAGGAUAAACAAUUAAAGGAAGAUAUAUAGUUAGAAGUAAGUGUCAUGAAAUAUAUGUAAUAAAAUGUAAUAUCUAAUAAAAUUUAUUUUCUCUAUAUA